AUGGCUGUAGCUGGGGACCCACAAGUCCAGACUCCUCGAGCGCAAGAAGAGCUUCAAAGAGUGAAGCUGGAAGACGAUUCCCACUGGGAGCAGGAAAUUUCCCAAAGGAGCGACCCUGGACCAGAGACCUCCUGCCGGCGGUUUUGGCAUUUCUGCUAUCAACAAGCAUCAGGACCCCGGGAGGCCCUCAUCCAACUCCGGAAGCUCUGUCAUCAGUGGCUGAGACCAGAGAAGUGUACGAAAGAGCAGAUCCUGGAGUUGCUAGUGCUGGAACAGUUCCUGGCUGUCCUUCCUCGGGAGAUCCAGGUCUGGGUUAGACAGAAGCAUCCAGAGAGUGGAGAGGAGGCCGUGGCCCUGGUGGAAGACUUGCAGAAAGAGCCUGGGAGACGGGGGCUCCAGGCAGUGGUGAAGAACUCACAGCCAGAACCGGAUGAACAGUGGCAUCACAGUCCCGAAGAGGAACUCCCAGCCUUGCACAGGAGCGCCCUGCCUGGUCCUGGAACUCUGGGUGUUUCUCUGGAGGAGGGCGGCAGUGACCCGGGGAUGAUGCACAGCCCUCAGGAGUUGGUGACAUUCGGCGAUGUGGCCGUGUACAUCUCCCAGGAGGCACGGAGGCAGCCAGGACCUGGAUGGAGGAACCACCUGGAAAGAAGUUGGGAGAAAUCUGCAAGUGAGGUCUCGCCGGAUUUUCCAACCCCCCUACGCAGUGUCAGCUCCCACGUGGAGCAGGAGGAGGACCCACGGAGGCGUGAUCUUCAGUGUCCCGGAGAGGAGAACGCCAGCGACUCCGCAGCGGGUGGGGGGAGAGGCCAGCCUGGCCACGUGCCCGUCCUGAGAAAAGCCAAGAUGUGGGACGAGCUGGAGUUGCAGGGCCUGGAGGAUGAGAAGGUGGCAGGGGUGCACUGGGGCUAUGAGGAAACCAAGACUUUUUUGGGAAUUCUCAGUGAGUCUUGGAUCCACGAGAAACUGCGCACCUGCCAUCGGAACCGCCAGGUGUACCGGCUGGUGGCCGAGCGGCUGCGGGAGCGCGGCUUCCCGCGGACCCUGGAACAGUGUCGCUACCGGUUCAAAAACCUCCAGACCCACUACCGCAAAGCCAGGAGCACACACGCCCCGGGCACCUGCCCCUUCUAUCGUGAGAUGGACGCCCUGAUGUGCCCACGGGCCACCACCCCCCUUCCAGAGGUGGCAGGGGCUCUUCUUGGGCACAGGGCCUGUGAUGUGGAGCAUGCAGAGCUUCAGGGGCGCCGCUGGGGACAGGAGGAGGCAGUGCUGGCUGAGGCUGUGUUGGAAGGCAGGGCAGAGAAGCAGGGGCCGGACCCCGGCCACACAACAGCAUCUGUAGAAGAAGGGCAUCUAGGAGCCGUCACAGAGGAUUCUGAGGGGGAAGAACUGGGGGUCGAAGAAGUGUCUGGAAGCCCUGGAAUCCCAGCCCUGUUUCGGAGUCCGGCUGGUGUGCACUGGGGCUACGAAGAAACCAAAAUUUUCCUGGGGAUUCUCGGUGAGCCCUACAUUCACGAGAAACUGCGCACCUGCCAUCGGAACCGCCAGGUGUACCGGCUGGUGGCCGAGCGGCUGCGGGAGCGCGGCUUCCCGCGGACACUGGAACAGUGUCGCUACCGGUUCAAAAACCUCCAGACCCACUACCGCAAAGCCAGGAGCACGCACGCCCCGGGCACCUGCCCCUUCUAUCGUGAGAUGGACGCCCUGAUGAGCCCCUGGACCCUUGCCAGCACCUAUGAUGCCUUCGAGGUGGCAGGAGGCCUCCUGCGGAAUAGAGGGGGCUCCGAAGAGAACCGGAAGGCCGUGCUGGAAGGUGUGACGGGAGACGGUAGCGAACCGGCAGAGGAGCCCCGAGAGGAGCCCAAGAGCCGUGGCCCCCAGGCUCUGAGGGGGAAUCCCAGUGUAGGACUUCCAGCCCGCCAGCCAGACGGGGUCUCGAGGCCAGAGAGAAGUGAAGAGCUUUGGAAUGACGAUCCCCGGGACUUCCGGAAAACUUCCUGUGCAGAUCUUGAAACAAGGACAGAGAAUGAGGAGAAUUCAAGCCAGAACAUUUCAGAGGAAGCAGAACUGCCGGGGGCAUUAUUAGAAAGACCCAAGGUGGAUGUUUCCCAGUACCUUGCCUGGAGGAGAGACUGGGAAGGCAAAUAUGGGGCAGAAAAGCAAUGGGAGGUACCCUUAGAAGAUGGACGAGGGUCACUCUCCCCUCCAGAAAGAGACGCAGGGAAAUUCAUAGGUCCUCAGGGAACCUACGUAGGAGAAAAAUCCUAUCCAUGCUGUGAAUAUGGGGAAAAUUUCAGCCAGAGCUCCCACUUAGCUGUCCACCAGUUAGCCCACAUCGGAGAAAAGAAACCUUUUAGGUGUGGCCAUUGUGGGAAAAGCUUUGGCCGAAGCUCACACCUGGUCUGCCACCAGAGAACCCACACCGGGGAGAAGCCCUACAAAUGCCCCGAAUGUGGGAAAGGCUUCAGUGAUCAUUCUAACCUCACAGCACACCAGAGAAUCCACACUGGAGAAAAGCCCUAUAAAUGUGGAGAGUGCUGGAAGAGCUUCAACCAGAGCUCCAGCCUCCUGAUGCACCAGAGAGUCCACACAGGAGAGAAACCCCACAAGUGCAGUGAGUGUGGAAAGAGUUUCACCAAUAGCUCGCACUUCAGUGCGCACUGGCGAACGCACACUGGCGAAAAGCCCUACCAGUGCCCUGAGUGCGGGAAGAAGUUCAGUAAGAGUUCCACGCUCACCAGCCACCAGAGGAUCCACACAGGAGAGAAGCCCUAUGAGUGUCUCGAGUGUGGCAAAAGUUUCAGUGACCGCUCAAACCUCAUUACCCACCGGCGCAUUCACACUGGAGAGAGGCCCUACAAGUGUGGCGAAUGUGGGAAGAGCUUUAAUCAGAGCUCAAGUCUCAUCAUACACCAGAGGACCCACACGGGAGAGAAGCCCUACGAAUGCGGUGCCUGUGGGAGGCGAUUUAACAACAGUUCGCAUUUCAGCGCGCAUCGGAGAACCCAUGUGGGCGAGAGGCUCUAAACGUCUUUAAGAAGCAUCAAAUCUAGAAGCACCACAGAAUCUGUUCUAAGAAAGGUCUGUAUGGUCCUUGAUUCUAUACCAUGACCCCCACAGGAGACCAGGGAUUUAGGUCCCAGUUCGGUAGAGGUCAUUGUGUUUCUCUCACUGAAAACUCAGCUGGCUUACGGAAUACUACUCAGGGCUUGCUUAUCCGCACUAUUGAAGUGGAAGCUAAUUUCCAGAGAAUUCAGAGACUCAUUCUGAAUUGGACUGUAUCACCAUCACGAUAGGUAUCCAUUAGGAUUCUGUGCCUUAACUUCCACAGCUUGGUAAUAUGAGGGUGAGACUCUUGUCCCCAAGACCCCCCUUCAAGGACAGAGGAGGUCCGCCCCGCGGUGCUCAUGGCAUUAACGGUGGCCGGCUCCGCCACAGGGCCGGUAGUGGCUGAGCUCUUUCUUCUCAGCACUGGGCAGCUAGACGGGGAUUUAUUAACUGAGCACAUUUUUCAAGGUCUUCCACGGUUCUCCCUGUGGAGGGUGGGGCCCGCGAACCGUCUCCAUUUCUCUGCGUGCUUCUUACCCAAGAGGAGAGCACUCUGUCGUGUCAUUUGGACGAGGAAAGGUCAGUGCUCCGGGUUGGCUUUCUAAACCAUGACCUACUCUUCCUCUCGACAUGUUAGGUUGAGCCAUAGGAGACUGGCAUCUUUGAGGUAUAGAACCAGCAAUUAAUAGGACUUGACCUAAGCAGACGUCUCGCAGGGUAGAACCGCUCCAAAUUGCCAGCAGUGCUGCCGGCGAGCCCUAUGGCCCACGCAGUGCCCUAAAAACAUAACACCGGGUCUAGGAGAUCACGAACAGGAUGAUGAAAUGGGGAAAGCCUUUUCCGUUUGCAAGUACGUCCAGAGAAACGACCACUAACCUUGGCAGCGGUUAAGAAGGAGGCCGGGUUGGAGGAGCCACCGCUCCAUCCCCGGCCUCAGGGGAGGCCGCGUGCAGGCGCACGGGUCCUGGAGGUCUGGGGUGUCUCUGAGUGAGCAGAGCACAGCCCCUGGAGGGACUCUGACACAUGCAGCCGAUGGUGCUUAGAAAGAAACGGGAUACGGUUUCUUGUUCUGGUUUCUCCUUCGUGCACUUGGCUUGAAAAUAUUUUCCCCCAACCUUCCAGAAACCCACCAGUUAUAAAACAAAGCACAGUCUACACAUGUCACGGUUUCAUAUCGUUAGAUUUAUAGAAUACGAUUAAGUAAGGAGUCUUCUAACGAACAUAAAAGAACCUAUUCAAGUAAGUGUUGUCCGUCAAAAGCAGCCGUUCUGACGGGCUGUGAACUCUGUUUGUUGUUGCCAUUACUGAAAACAUUGAGCUUUCCUCUGAGAAUUGUCUUCAGACCACCUCAGAAGGCCUCCUAUCGAUGUAGUUCCAGCACAGAGUAGUGUCCGGCAUGGAAGAAAGGCUUAAUAAACACUGGCAGAACGAACAGCGUGUUUGUUAUCUGGCCUGGUCGCCUCUCUUAUCCGUGAGACUUGUCUCUGCCCAGUAUCUGCUAUCUGGAGCCAGAAGUCCUUCGAAGGAUGUCAGUUUGCUGCCAUUGAGGACACUUCGGAGAGCCUGUUUUGGGAGAUCGUUUUCAAAGAGGUAUCCCAGAAAUCUGGGUUCAGAAUUUUUUUUAUACGGCCAGGAAAUAAAUGUGAUAUGUAUUCUUUUAAAUCAUUUUACUAUUUUGAAUGAGAAAAUCUUUACGUGGGUGGAAAUUCACGAUACUAAAAUUAACAUAGCUGUGCGUUAUAAAAAGAGUUUGGAAAUAACCACAUUCCCUUUUGGAAACUUCUGGAAUGGAACACGGAGAUUCAGAUGUAAUAUCCAUUACCAUGCCAUCUCACGUGUAUUUUCCCCUUAGCAAAGCAAGGGGGAAACUGAGCUGGAGACUGUAGAUAUUUCAUAGGGGUCUUACAGUCCGUGAAGCACUGGGACACGUGAGAUGGCUCUCCCAAGUGAUGUUGGCAUAGUUCUCAGUGGAAGACUAGAGCACUGAGUUUCACCAGUUGACUAUCACGUGGAGAGGUUUCCCAGUGAACCCAACUUAAUAUGUACUUUUUACAGUGCCUGGAUUUUGAUUUGAAACUAGUUAUCCAUUCCCUUGCUCCAGAGCGUUCUGAUUUGCCUUUUCGCCUACCUCGGGACGCGGCAUGAGCAAAGCUCUGGGGCUUUAGUUUUUAGCUCACCUCCAGCUCCAGCUCAUAAUCACGGCUUCAGAGUUUCUGAACCAGGCAAGCAGGGCGGCUUUGGGAAGCUGUUCACUUGGAAAUCCCCUCCAGAGAAAAAUAAUGAAGUGAUAGCGGGGAAUGCAUGAAAUUCACCUCUAGUAUAAAAGUUGCAAUAGAUGACAAUCAGAUUAUGCAUUGCAAAAUUUUAACUGAAGAGGCGCAUAGCAGAAAUACCGGUUCUUAUUCUCACGUACAGAGAGCGAGAAACACAGGAGUUGGGUUUCGGGGCACUAAUCCUAGUAGCCGAAGCUGAUGCAAGUAUAUUAACCCAUUACAUAAGCGAAUUCCAAGCGAA